AUGGCGUGUUUCGAACUGACGUGGUUGGACUCCUUCGAGGCGUCCGGCUUCUCACCCAUCAUCAACUCGAGGGCCUCAGCAGUGCGGGCAAACGGCUUCCGCCGCGCGAGGCGCGCAUGGCGACGAUCGCGCCAGUUCUUCGAGAGCCGCUCCGAGUUCCUGGCGUACAAACAGGUCCUGGGUUGGGGCGGCUUCGGCGUCGUCCAGCAGUGGCGCGUUAUGGAAGGGCGGAUCGGCAGUGCCCGGGAGCGGGAUGUCGCGGUGAAGUUCCCGUCGCGGCUGGAUGGCCACCCGAAGGCUGAGAGGAGCAGGGCUGCGAGUCGGAGGGAGAUUGUGUGGUUGAGAAAUUUCGCUGGUUCCGAGCACAUCGUGCAACUGGCUACGUUUGGAGAAUCGAUAUUCCCCAGGGAACUGUACAACAACGCGAUACUUGACGACCCCAUCAUCGUGGUGGAGUACCUGCGGAGAGGAACGCUCGAAGACCUCAUACACCGCGUCGUUCGAGCUGCGGAUCCCCUGAUCCCGGCCUGGCAAGAGCAGCUGCAGUUUAUACCGUGUCGGAUCUUGUGGAGGAUAUUUCUGUGCUUAGCGAGAGCUUGCAUCGCUCUUGCGUACCCGGUGCCUGGGCCCGUGGCCUACCAGCAUAGGGAGACGAUCCCGACGGUGGCACCUCCGAUCUUUCCUCGGGACAUCGUCCAUUCCGACAUAGACCCCUCAAACUCUGGCCGAUUCGGGCUUACUUUCGAAGUAGAUCCAAACUGGACCGACGAAGAGAAGGUAGAAAAGCUUGGCGGAGGAAAAGUGAGAUAUGUAGCCACAGAACAGCGGUACUACGACAGGAGAUUAGAGCCCAACGCGUUUGGCCCAACUAUGAACAUAUGGGGAAUCGGCAUAACAAUGUUCAACCUCCUCACACUCUCACACCCAAAAGACGGCUGGCAACUGCGCGACCGUCUAAUCAUUCUGCCGAGCGGCCCCUUCAGAUUCCUUACCUGGGGCUGGUACCUAGUAGACUCCUCCCUCCCCUCGGACAUCCCGCCCGAGAUCGUGCCCAUCGAGAGUCGUCUGCGGCACCUAGUAGCGCGCUGCAUGGCGGACCUGCAGGUCGAGCGGCCGAAGCUGCACGAGCUCGUGGCGGAGAUCGAGCAGGCGAUCCGGGACGGCGACCGCGCGGCGGUCGUGGAGAGGGAGGCGCUGGCGAAUGCGGGAACGCCGACACCGCCCAUCUCGACGUUUCGCAGGCCGGCGGUGGAGAGCGAUGCGCUUGUGGAGAGCUUCCGGAGGGAGUAUUUGCUGGAGCCCGUGCCGCCUGGUGAUGCGUAUUCUGGGGUUUGGGGCAGGGCUACGCCGGCGUCGGUGAGUGCGUCGAGUGUGUUUAUGACGGUGUAG